UCAAUACAAUACCUCCCCCCCCCUAUUUUUGCUCUUCUUCACUUCAUCUCUUUCUCUUUUAUUUCAUAUUCUAUCUUCUCAUGACUCCAAAUUAUCAAUUCGCGCUAGACCUUAAUGAAAACCAUGAUCAAGUACCAUUCAAUAUUACUGCUUAUUCAUCAUCUUCUUCUUCUCUUUCUUCUCCUUCUUUCUUCAAUCCAUCCCAAGAUAUUCAACCAUCUGCUUACAAUUACCAUGAUCAUCAAUCUCAAUAUCAACAAGAUCAGGCGAAGAUAUUUAUGUCUCAUGUUGGAUCAUCAUGUGAUCAUACAACACAAGUAGGGAAUGAGAGUAGCGAGUACAGUGGCCUGAAAUUUUCUAUCUGGAAGAAUGAAGAUCAGAGAAAUGAAAAUCAAAGUGAGAGCAGUUCAGUGAAGUGGAUGUCUUCAAAGAUGAGGUUUAUGAGGAAGAUGAUGAACCCAAAAAACUCUGAUAAUCAAAAGUUUGAAGAUCAGAAGCAAGAAUCAUCACCUCUUCAAACCACUGAUCAUCACAGCAGCUACAACAACACAAUUAGGGUUUGUUCUGAUUGUAACACAACCAAAACUCCUCUAUGGAGAAGUGGACCCAGAGGUCCUAAGUCUCUUUGCAACGCUUGUGGAAUCAGGCAAAGAAAGGCAAGGAGGGCCAUGGCUGCAGCUGCAGCUGCAGAUAGCUCAGUUGUUGCAGCUGAUCCACCAGCUAUGAAAAGUCCUAAAGUUCAACACAAGGAAAAAAGAUCAGGCCAUGAUAACUCCAUGCCAAAACUAAAGAAGAAGUGCAAGCUGGCAUCCCCAUCCCAUGGCAGAAAGAAGCUUUGUUUUGAGGAUCUAACAAUAAUCUUGAGCAAGAGUUCAGCUUUUCAACGGGUCUUCCCUCAAGAUGAGAAAGAAGCUGCCAUCUUACUAAUGGCUCUAUCAUACGGCCUGGUUCGUGGUUAAUCAUCACUUCUUCCUCAUAAUUAAUCAACUAGUAGCUAGCAGCUAGCUAUAUAUAUAUAUUGUCUUCCAUUCACUAGAUUGUUUGCUACAACUUCAUAUUAUAACUAUGUGUGAGAUCAGUGAGAUGAGGAAAUGAGUGCGAGAGGGAAGCAACUAAGAUCAAUAAAAAAAAGAAAAGAAAGAAGAAGAAUAAUCAGUGAGACUAGAUUUAGAUGGUUAAUUUAGAGAGCUUUAUUAAUUAUAACUUUGUAUUUGUGAUCAACGAGAUGAAAACCAAAUUGUUGGGUCUCUUGGGAUGAUCUUGUUAUGUUAUGGACCUUAUAAUAACCUGUCCAAGUUGCUUUUUGUCUCAUUCUCUUGUUCUAUAUAUCCCUUUUAAAUGAUC